AGCCUGUAUCUAAGUGACACAUCCCACACUUCCCUUCAAAGAAAGGAAUUCCAAAAUUUGCAAAAUGCACCCUCAGAUCUCAUCCACAGUACUAAUUAAAUAAAACUCAGAAUUAUUUUCCAAAAAAAAAAAAACCAUAUGGCCGUGAUCAAGCUUUUCUUGAUCUCCUUCAUCCUUACCUCCUUAAUCAUCUCCGCCGUCUACAACAUUCCGACGAACCGGCGGCGCCACCCUAUUCCGACGUAUCGGCGGCGGACGUCCCUAUUUAUCCCCAACAACGCCCCGGGUCCGUACAACGCGACGUUCGCUUACCUGAUCUCCGGCGCCGGCGGCGACACGAUGAGGCUGAAGCGGCUGCUGCUGGCGGUGUACCAUCCGGCGAACGUGUACCUGAUCCACCUGGACGCGGCGGCGCCGGCGGCGGAGCAGCGGGAGAUGGGGCGGUUCGUGGCGGGACAGGGCGUGUUUUCUGAGGUGGGGAACGUUUGGGUUGUCGGGAAACCGAACGUGGUGACGUACAGAGGGCCGACGAUGGUGGCGGCGACGCUGCAGGCGAUGGCGGCGCUGCUGCGGGCGGGGCGGCGGUGGGAUUGGUUUAUUAAUCUCAGUGCUUCGGAUUAUCCGUUGAUUACUCAAGAUGAUCUGAUACAUGCCUUCUCUGACGUGCCUAAAGAUCUCAACUUUGUACAGCACACCAGUCGCCUCGGCUGGAAAUUGAAUAAAAGAGGGAAGCCAAUAAUAAUAGACCCAGCUUUGUACAGUGCCAAUAAAUCAGAAAUUUGGUGGGUAAUUAAGCAGAGGGCUCUUCCUACUGCCUUCAAGCUUUAUACAGGUUCAGCAUGGACAAUCCUAUCAAGAUCCUUCGCGGAGUUCGUCAUCAUGGGAUGGGACAACCUCCCCCGAACCCUUCUCCUCUACUACACCAACUUUGUCUCGUCGCCGGAGGGAUACUUCCAAACGAUUCUCUGCAACUCCGACCAUUGGAAGAACACCACAAUUAAUCACGAUCUCCACUACAUAUCGUGGGAUGUUCCUCCAAAGCAACACCCUCGAUCGCUCGGCCUCAAAGAUUACCGGAAAAUGGUCCUUAGUAAUAGACCCUUUGCGAGAAAAUUCAAGAAAAAUGACCCCGUGCUUAAUAGGAUCGAUCGCGAGCUUCUGAAGAGAGGAAGCAGGCAAUUUUCAUGGGGUGGGUGGUGUUCGAAGGAUGAUGGUGGUAAUAAGUGUAGUGAAUUGUAUGGUGAGAAUUAUGGAGUGUUGAGGGUUGGGGGUGGGUCGAGGAGAUUGAGGAUUUUGUUGAGGAAGUUGGUUCGUACUCGAAAUUUUGGCAAGAGACAAUGUAAAUGACUUUUUUAGGGUUUUGAGUUUGUGUACAAGGAAAAUGAGAAAAAAAAAAAAAAAACAUAUAUAUAUACUGAUGAAUUUCUACACAUUUUCUUUCUAUUGGAAAAAAUGUCCAAGAAAUUAAAUUUCAUUGAAAAUAAUCGGCAUUGGU